CCCAUUCUUGGAUCAUAUCCAGUGUUUCGUUACACCCAUCACACCGACAUUGCGUAGUUAUACAACCAUAACAUGGUCUCGGCCGCGCAGGGGCGCUGCUGGACAUGCAAAGAUCGGAAAGUGUCCUGCGACCGCACCGUGCCAGCAUGUCUCAAAUGCUCGACAACAGGCCGGCAGUGCGGGGGCUAUGGUCUUCGACUGACGUGGCCACGUCGUGGAGAUCAGAAGCGUGCCCUCAAAAGCAUUUCCUGUACUCUUUCCUGGAGCAAGUCAACACCGUAUCAGACCUUUCAUCUGAUUAAUGCAUCAUCUUGGGACCUUGCACUCCAUUACGUCUCUUUGGAUAACGUCAGCCACUGUGGGUCCGGCGCAACACCGAGCGACUUCUCCGGCUAGAUUUGCUGAUACCAUUACACAGUCAGACAGCCUCCAGAAUCACAUCAGCCUAUACUAAUUGCAUGCCCACUCAAGUCUUUGAUAGCACCAAAUGUGGCCGCAAAUGACCAAAACUUGCUGGAAUAUUGUGAGUGGCUCCAACUGAAUACCAGCACUACUCGGAUGGUGGCUGACUGGGUUGAUUAUGACAAUCCAGUUCAACGUGAUGGUAUCCAUGCGGUUCCAAUGUUUGACCUCGAUCGAGAUCGAUUCUGCCAAACGUUGAUGCGCAUCGCCUUUUCUAACGACUCGUUGGCGUCGAAAGCGGUACUUCAGUCGAUCCUCGCUCUCUCAUCUCUGUACAGGGAUGGACUUCAGCCACUUGCAGUCCAAUUGAAAGAUGCAGCGCUCCAGGCUUUGAUGGUCUCUGUCAAUGCGGGCGUUCACGGAGUGGAUGCAAUCGGGCAUGUUGUCGCCGGCAUCCUCAGUUGUUGCUUCGAGAUGCAACUGAAAAGCAACGGAGAGAUAUGGAAUUCCCAGUGGGUAGGGCACAUUGUCGGUGUGAAAGAAUUAAUAAGAGACAUCAAAAAGCCAUGUCAUCAUCCGCCAGGAAGCGACAAUUCCAUCAUCCUGAAUUGGGUUUAUUACUUCGAUGUGGCGACUCGGUUUUCUCUUCGACAUUGGCGCACAGUUCUCGGGUGUCAAAGUUUCCCCGAGCUCGUCUUCGAUCCCGCAGCAAAUACAUCCUGUCGACUACAGACCGCGCUCGUUCGUGCCUCGUUUUCAACUCCAGUUCCACAGCUCUCUGAGCAUGCGCCGCCGGUUUUGGCACUGCUCGGUGAGAUUUGCGGUACAAUACUAUAUCCAUGGGACUCGCAGUACCAUUCAAUUGAGUAUCAAGACUACUUGGGGAAGUUGGAGACCAGACUUGAGACUCUAGAGCUUUCGGAUUCUCGAGUUGGCAAUGAAAGCGAAGAUGACAUUAAAAUCACAGAUUUGUUUCGCUUAGCCGGCCUGAUCUACCUGGAACGAACAUCUAAAAGCUUCUCUGGACAAUCUCCUAAAGUUGAGGGGUGGGUCAACAAGGCAUUCGCGAUCAUUGCUAGCAUUGAACGGUGCCGCCAACCUUUGCCCAUUUUUAUUAUUGGCUGCGAAGCUCGUAGUGAUGAACGCAGACAGGAAGUUCUAAGGCUCGUUUCAAAGACGCAAACAGAUCCUCGGGUGAGGAACAUGCAUGAGUUGGGAGACCUACUGCAGUCAUUCUGGGUACAAGAUGAUCUCGACGUUGAAUCCGAGGUCGAGUACGUCCGAAAGGUCAGCCUGGUGGUGAGCACCUGCGCAGCUGUGCCUAUUUUCGUCUAGUUCUCGAGAUAAAUGAGGAAAUAUAAGAACAUGUCGCCUAGGUUUGAGAGACAAGGCAUGAGAGAC